AUGGUCAAUCCUAGUAAUUGGCCAUCUCUUCUAAUGUUGGUCUUAGCCUUCUAUGUCGUUGUAGUGCCUACAAGUGCUCAGUGCAAAUACUCUCCACAAUCACCACCACCACAACCAUAUGUCUACAGUCCCCCACUACCAUCUCCAUAUGUUUACAAGUCUCCACCACCAUCUCCUUAUCUCUAUAGCUCCCCACCACCACCUCCAUACGUAUACAACUCUCCACCACCACCUCCUCCAUACAUCUACAACUCUCCACCACGACCUCCAUAUGUUUAUAAGUCUCCCCCUCCUCCUCCAUUCGUGUACAGCUCUCCACCACCCCCUACAUAUAUUUACAACUCUCCACCACCACCUCCAUAUGUUUACAAGUCUGUUCCUCGUAUUACAUUCAUCUACAGCUCUCCACCACCCCCUCCAUAUGUUUACAAUUCUGCUCCUCGUAUUCCAUUCAUCUAUAGCUCUCCACCACCUCCUCCAUAUGUUUACAAUUCUGCUCCUCGUGUUCUAUUUAUCUACAGCUCUCCACCACCACCUCCAUAUGUUUACAACUCUCCACCACCACCUCCAUAUGUUUACGAGUCUGUUCCUCGUAUUCCAUUCAUCUACAGCUCUCCACCACCCCCUCCAUAUGUUUACAAUUCUGCUCCUCGUAUUCCAUUCAUCUAUAGCUCUCCACCACCUCCUCCAUAUGUUUACAAUUCUGCUCCUCGUGUUCCAUUUAUCUACAGCUCUCCACCACCACCUCCAUAUGUUUACAAGUCUGUUCCUCGUAUUCCAUUCAUCUACAGCUCUCCACCACCCCCUCCAUAUGUUUACAAUUCUGCUCCUCGUAUUCCAUUCAUCUAUAGCUCUCUACCACCUCCUCCAUAUGUUUACAAUUCUGCUCCUCGUGUUCCAUUCAUCUACAGCUCUCCACCACCCCCUCCAUAUGUUUACAAUUCUGCUCCUCGUAUUCCAUUUAUCUAUAGUUCUCCACCACCCCACCAUAUGUUUACAAGUUUGUUCCUCAUAUUCCAUCAUCUACAACUCUCCACCACCCCCUCCAUAUGA